AUGGAUACCUUCAAUUUCCUGGCAGGACUAUGUUUUUUCCUGCUGUCGCUCAAUGGGUUCAUCUCUUCCUCGCCGGCGACAAGCUUUUGUCCCGACCGCUGCGACUGUCAGCACCCGCAGCACCUAAUGUGCACCAACCGCGGGUUGCGCACUUUGCCCAAACCCGCCAUGCGGGUGCCCGAGGAGGUGCUGAUCUUCAGCCUCGGGGGUAACUUCAUCAGUAACAUCUCUGCCUUCGACUUCACACGGUACAGUGGCCUUGUAAGGUUAAAUUUACAGUACAAUCAGAUACACACUAUUCACCCCAAGGCAUUUGAGAAACUUUCCAAGCUAGAAGAGCUCUACUUGGGACAUAAUCUUUUAUCAAAUGUACCUACUGGGACUUUACAGCCCCUGAAGAAAUUAACUAUUCUCUAUGGCAAUAAUAAUAACAUUAAGAAAAUCACACCGGAGCUCUUUGCCAACCUGGAUAAUCUCGUUAAACUGCGCCUAGAUGGCAACUCAAUAGAAGUUCUGCAGGACUCUGUUUUUAAAAGUUUGACCAGUCUACAUUAUCUCCAUCUGGAAUCCAACCAACUGCAGCAUAUUCACAGAAACGCUUUUUCUAAACUCGCCAACCUGCGCUUUCUAAACCUGGCCCACAACAAGCAGUCAGCCGUGCGCAAUGUCCUCACUUUUUCCCAACUCAAAGCUUUGACAACUUUGCUGCUGUCUGAAAAUGAAAUUCAAUACAUUGGGAACCACGUCUUCCAAAAUCUGAAAAAGUUGUCCAAACUGUCCCUGAGCAACAACAGAAUCUCUCGUCUUGACAGCGGGGUUCUGAAGGGGCUGUCGAGCCUCAGAGAGCUCCUGAUUGACGGCAACGGACUGGAGGAAAUCCCCGCUGGUCUCCUCGACCCUCUGCAGCGCAUCGAGGAGCUCGACUUCAGCCGCAACCGGAUUUCCAACGUGGACUCUUUGGCUUUUUCGCAACUUAAACAUCUAAAGGUGCUGAGGCUGAAGAACAACUUUCUCACCAGCCUGUCUGGCGACAUUUUUGCCCUCAACAACGUGCUUUACGACCUGGAUCUCCAUGGCAACAACUGGACGUGCGACUGUCGCCUGGAGGAGCUGAAGAGAUGGAUGACUGCUGCACAUUCUCAGGGCAAAUUGUUGACUGUUUUUGUGCAAUGUCAUCACCCUGCAACUCUGAGGGGAAAAUAUCUGGACUAUGUGAACAGCUCCCAGCUGCAGCCCCUUGGGAACUGGACCCACUUGUGUAGUAGCCAAGCUGGGCCUGAGGAGAGCCGGGGAGGGGGUGUACUGGUAAAAGUGGAGGGGAAAGAGAUAACGGAUGCAAUAAAGCUGGGGGAGAGCAUUGGAGAAGGCCAGGGGGAAGAGACACAAACUGUAAAUUUAAGGCAGGGAAACAUGGAUGAUGUCAUGGUGAGGAAAGAGGCAGAAAAAUGGAAAAGAGAGGGACAGGAAGAUGUGGGAAUCCAGGGGGACGAGGGGGGUCCAGAGGUGGGAGAUCCUUCUUCCUCACUGGAAAGAAAGAAACCAAAGAAGGAGUCGCUCAGUCCAAGGUCACGGCCUGCCGUAGAGGCAGCUGGGAAACGUGCCAAAGGGAGACGGAGGUCGAAUGUAAUUUCUAGAACGGAUCCACCAGUCAUUUCCACACCAAGUCACAGAAACUCCACUGAUUCAAACACAGAGCUCACCGCAACUCCUUCUGCGCAGUCAGGAGAAAAGUUUGAUCUUCUGACGUCAGAUCAGGAGGAGGCCUUACCUGUAAUCACAGAUCCAUGCGUGUUCAACCGCCAUUUCAUCACCAAUGUUUCAGUGGAUCAAGUGACAUCUAGUACUGUCACCGUCUACUGGACUACAAGGGAUCAUCACCGCUACACACCAGGACCUGGGCCAGGCCUGGAUGAAGUCCACUACCGGAUUCUGUUUGACCGGUUUGGGGCUCCAGAGCGUUUCCCCCGUUAUGUUUAUGCCCGCGGUACAGCUCGCUCUGUAACCCUUCGAGAACUCAGCUCAGACUUAACCUACAUCGUCUGCGUGGAGGGAGUAGUUGGAGGAUCUGUUUGCCAAGUCGCCCCUCGUGACCACUGCGCAGGACUGAUCACGCUCCCCGAGGUGUUCAGUCGUGGGGGCACGCUGACCUCUGACCUCCAGCUGGUGACGGUGGCGACACUGGCCGGGAACGCUGUGCUGCUGCUCGUCAUUGGUGGAGUCUGGCUGGGGCGGAGCUUGAAGAGGAGGUUGCAGAGGAGGAAGUCGGCCGUGCACGUGCGCCACAUGUACUCCACCAGGCGGCCUUUUCGUCCCAAUGUGGCGACGGCCUCCGUGUCCACUGACUUCACCAGCUACCAGAGCAGUCGUCCAGCACGACUUGCACCGCUCGAGGAGGGGGAUCUCAUAGAGUUCCCCUGUGACCGCUUUCUGGACAGCAGUGCUCGCAGAGACAGUGACAUGCAGAGAUUCUCUGACUAG